AUGGCUCCCACCACCAACCGCCCCGAACACCACAUCAACCUCAACUACAUCCCCCAGCUGCCCCAGCCGCCGCACUCGGGCUCCUCGACGGGCAACACCUCGCCUGUCGAGCCGCCCAACAGCGGCUCUCUGCGCUUCGCUGGCAAUGCCCCGAACCCGCUCGGCAACGCGAGGCUCGGGAACGGGUCCCCGUCGCAUGACUAUGGCGGCCGCCUAUUUUCCAAACGUGCACGCGAGAUUCAGGCACAGGAGGGCUUAACUCCGCAAAUGUGGGGACCUCCUACCAGCGGGAAUUCCACGCCGCUGCGCGAGACCAUCCCCGAGUCCCCCAACAGCGAGAACUUGAGCUUCCCCGACUUCAACAACGCCGUGCCAGACACCAUGUCAGCAGCACCUGCUCCCAACCGCCGCGCCCGCGCUGGUACCCUGCCCUCGCGCUUCUCCCCCUCCGCUGCCCCUCCCGGCCUCAUGUCCGGCAGCUCGCUGCUCCCCAAGAGCUCCCGGCCAACACCCUCGACGAGCCCCUUCAAGCCUGGGCCAGGCACACCGACCGACAACUCGAGCUUCAACGCGCUCGGGUCUACAAACGCUGCGGCCAAGUCUGCACUGCUCUCACGUCUGCGUGCUGGCUCAAUGCCUCAGCGACCAGGUGGCUACCUGCCUCCCUCCAACUCGCCGUUCGGCAACUCCAUCUUCUCGGGCGGCUGGUCAAACCAGCGUGACCGCAGCAGCACACUCCAGAGCAUUGCCUCGGUGCCGUCAAACGGACAAGGUUCGCCUAGGUCUUCCUUCUCCCGCGACUCGCUCGCCGACACCGAUGUCAAGACCCUGGACUACCUGGGUCUAGUCGACACCCCGCAGCCUGCACGAGCUACCCUGGCUCCGUCUGAUAUUGAGCUCCUCCUCGAGAGCCAGAGGAACGCCAACAACCAGAACUCCGGUGGUGCAAACCGCUUCCGUUCAUACUCUGUCAAUGCUAAGGAGAAGUACGCCGAAGAGGAAGAGGAUCAAUAUGGCGCAUACAGCGGCACCAUCACUCCUGCCGAAGCCAAUGCCCUUCUCAUUCACGAAGCUGUUCGUCAACACAACCUCGAAGUCCAGGCCUUUGCGAACCUCGCCUCCAACGCGCGUCCACGUGCUCGCACCGCCGGCGUGCUAGAUGCUCCUUCGCGGGGCAUGAUGCGGCCCUACUUGCCCGCCAUGGGCCGGUUUGACAAUGGCAUGGGAACCGGUGACUUGACUGAGGAUGCAGAGUACAAUCUUACUGAGGCUGUCAAGAAGCUCCACUUGCCUGGCUCAAACCUCGGCGAUGAUGGAACUCUGGAAGGACCCACUCGCUCGCUGUGGCUUGGCAACAUUCCAUCUUCGACCACCGUUUCGUCGCUCCAGGUCAUCUUCGCUCAGUACGGUGGGAUUGAGUCUACCCGCGUCCUCACACACAAGAACUGCGGUUUCGUCAACUACGAGAAUCUCGAGAGUGCAGUCCAGGCGAAGUCAACUCUGAAUGGAAAGGAGAUCUUCCCAGGUGCUGGCCCCGUCCGCAUCGGUUACGCCAAGAUUCCAAGCGCAGCAGCCACCCCCGGCCACAAUGGUCUGUUCCCUUCACCAAGCCCUGACCCACUGUCAAAGGCUCAGGCUGAGGGCACAGCUGGCUCUGCCGCCGCUACCAAGGUGGCCAACAUCCCUGCGAAUGUGCCUUUGACCACCCCUGAGCUCAGCGACAUCCGCAGCGACAUCAUCCAGAUUGUGAAGGAGUUGGGCGCUACGGACGACGAGCAGACAAGGAUCACCACCAAGGUCGAGAAGGCUGUCCAGUUCAACAACUACGUCGACGAGAUCCCAUCUGUCGAAGAGCCGAGCCACACUCGCAUUCACGACGCUCCUAGACUGCGAGAGAUCCGCAAGCGUAUCGACAACGGAUCCUGCUCCAAGGAGGACAUUGAGAACAUCGCCAUGGCCAUGCUCCCGGAAAUCGCCGAGCUGUCGUCUGACUACCUUGGAAACACCGUCGUGCAGAAGCUGUUCGAGUUCUGCGAGGAGCCGACCAAGGAAGCCAUGCUUCGCGAGAUUGCCCCGCAUCUGGCCAAGAUUGGUGUGCACAAGAACGGAACAUGGGCUGCUCAGAAGAUCAUCGAUGUGUCCAAGUCUGAGACUAUGCAGAAGAUGGUCGUCGAUGCUGUUCAACCUUAUGCUAUGGCUCUCUUCCUCGACCAAUUCGGUAACUACGUCAUGCAAGGCUGCCUCAAGUACCAGAAGUUCAACGACUUCAUCUUUGAGGUCAUGCUGGGUAGACUCUGGGAUCUCGCCCAAGGUCGAUUCGGUGCCCGUGCCAUGCGAGCUUGCUUGGAGAGCCACUAUGCCACCAAGGACCAGCAGCGCAUGGUAGCUGCUGCAAUCGCUCUUCACAGCGUGCAGCUCGCAACCAACGCGAACGGUGCCUUGCUCCUGACCUGGUUCCUCGAUACCUGCACCUUCCCCAGGAGGCGUACGGUCUUGGCUCCCCGCCUAGUUCCGCACAUUGUCCACCUCUGCACACACAAGGUUGCAUACCUCACCGUCCUGAAGAUCAUCAACCAGCGCAACGAGCCAGAAGCUCGUGACACUAUCCUACAGGCACUCUUCUUCUCUCCCAACGACCAGGUACUGGAAAGCAUCUUGGCCGACCAGAACUGCGGUGCCACCUUGAUCUUCAAGGUACUCACCACUCCAUUCUUCGAUGAGCAGAUCCGUGCGGAUGUAGUAACAAACGUUCGCAACGUUCUUCUUCGCAUCAAGGCGCAGCCCCAACAGGGCUACAAGCGACUCAUGGAUGAGGUAGGUCUUUCCACUCGUGGCGGACCUGGUCAUCGUGAGCACUCCGCAACCCGCCCAGCGUCGAAGGACAGCAUUGCGUCUGGACCGCCAAACCCUGGGCAAUUCUAUCAGGGAGCGGCAGCUGGCUUCGACCCUGUCGCACUCCAACGCACAGCAAGCAUGGACUCCAAUGGCUUCGAGCAAUACCCAAUGGGUGGUGGACCCAUGUACAUGCCAAACAUGCAGGCCAUGAACAACCAGCAGCAGAUGCAGUACCAGCAGCUCCUGGCCCGACAGGGUCAGUUCUACCCUCAGAUGAACGGCUUCCAAGGCCCCGUUCCGGGCAUGGAUGCCUACCGCAACGCGUCGCCUGUUGCAGGCCCCGGCAGCUUCAACGGAUCACCGAUGAUGCAGCCCGCCAACCUCGCCGGUCAGGGCAUGCCCGGCAUGUACCCUCCUUACGGCAUGUACAUGCCACCCCAGCACCAGCAGGCGGCUGGAGGCAACCAGCGACGUGGCAGAAUUCUCAUCUCCUCUUAG